AUGUCCAUCCAGCAUAUCACAAAGGACACCACCAAGCGCAGACGCUUCCAGCCUCCCAUCACCUCGUUCUUCUCCGCCUCUACUUCUACAACUCCUACCGCAAACGUUAACGAUGAUGACUACUAUAACGGCGCUACAUCCCGUGUUUCUCACUACCACUACUCCGCCGCUACCUUCUCACCUACACCCGUCGUCCCUGCGAAGGUGCAGUCCUCGCUGCUGAGCGUCGGUAUGCGCGUCCGGAAAUCGGUUGCGGAGGGAUACAAGACGCAGAAGGAAUUGGAGAAGCAGUUGGCUGCUACAACCACCCCUAUUACAACUGCAAAUGGUACAAACCAUGCAGAAUUAGCGCCCUUCUGCGGAUACUCGAAGACAGAGGAUCUGGCCGUACAAGCAUUCUCGCGUCCUUCUGCGAUGAAUGAGCAUGACUCCGUCACGGACGAGAACGACGCUUAUUCGCUUCCCUCGAGUAGUCAGGGAUCGUUUACUUCGUCGUUUAAUGGAGGACAGAAACGGUCGUAUGACUCUGAUGACAUGGAGGAUGAUGAGUUUGAGGGUUUUUAUGAUGCCUCGAACCGGACUAUUCUUGCGCCUUCGCUGGGACAGCAGAGACGGCGCUUUAUUGCAUUGAAGAACCAGAACCGGAUUGCUGGGCAGAGUAUGGAUGUUGACGACUUUGAGGAGGCGUCUUUUCUGCGCCGCCGGGAGGAUGUUGAGAUGGAUAGUUAUUAA